CACUGCGUCCCCACCAGCCAAAAAUCGUUAACGAGCUUGGCUACGAGCUUGCGGGUUUCAUUUUUUGGUGAAACGUCACAGUCGAUUGGUUGGCGCUAGUUGGUAAAAUGGGCAAGAAGACGCGACGCAAAGGAACGAACUCGUCGGAGGAGAAGGAUGCAGAGUCCAAGGAGGUCGCCGCAGUAGCGGCGCCGCACGUAGAAACCACCGCUAUUGCUGGCGACAAGAAACAGAAGAAGAAAAAGUCGAAGAAGGCCAAAAAGGAGCAAGAAGCUGAGCCUGCUGAGAUUGUGGAGCAGGAUGAAGAGGAGCAGGAGCCCGAGGCGAAUGUGGACGAUGAGCAGGACGAGGAGACAGAGCAAGCCAUUGCCGAAGCUACCAACCUGGCUGAGAGUAAUGUGGACGAGCGCUACUUCUCCAGCGAGGAAUUCGCCUCGUUGCCACUGUCUGAACCAACCCGCAAGGCGCUGGCUGACAUGGGAUUCACCAAGAUGACCAAGAUCCAGUCGAAGUCGAUUCGUCCGCUGUUGGCCGGUCAGGAUCUGCUGGGUGCGGCCAAGACGGGUUCCGGCAAGACGCUGUCGUUCUUGAUUCCGGCGGUCGAACUGCUGCACAAGGUGCGAUUCACGGCACGUAAGGGCACGGGAUGCAUUGUCAUUUCGCCCACGCGUGAAUUGGCGCUACAGAUUUACGGCGUUGUACGUGACAUCUGUAAAUACCAUUCGCAGACGCACGGUAUCGUUAUGGGUGGCGCCAACCGCCGUGCCGAGGCGGAGCGCCUGGUGAAAGGUGUGAACAUCCUGAUCUCGACACCAGGUCGUCUUCUGGAUCAUCUGCAAAACACGAAGGCAUUCAUCUACCACAACCUGCAGAUUCUCGUGAUCGAUGAAGCUGAUCGCAUUCUGUCUAUUGGUUUUGAGGAGGAAAUGCGCCAGAUCAUUAAGUGCAUUCCGAAGGAGCGGCAGACGAUGUUGUUUAGUGCUACACAGACAAAGAAGGUAGAAGACCUCGCUCGUUUGUCCAUCAAGGAGAAACCUGUGUAUGUCGGUGUUGAGGAGGAAGACACGAAGGCCACAGUUGCCACGCUGGAACAGGGUUACGUCGUAACGCCGAGUGACAAGCGUUUUCUCCUUCUGUUCACUUUCCUCAAGAAGAAUCUGAAGAAGAAGGUGAUGGUUUUCUUCUCGUCAUGUAGCGCUGUCAAGUUCUACGGUGAAUUGCUCAACUACAUUGACAUUCCCGUACUGGACAUUCACGGCAAGCAAAAACAGAACAAGCGUACGACCACAUUCUUCCAGUUCUGUAACGCGAAGACGGGUAUUUUGCUGUGUACGGACGUGGCAGCGCGUGGUCUUGAUAUUCCUGCUGUGGACUGGAUUAUUCAGUUUGACCCGCCUGAUGACCCUCGCGAGUACAUUCACCGUGUGGGUCGUACUGCUCGUGGUGCUAAGGGCAAGGGUAAGGCGCUGCUUAUGCUUUUGCCCGAUGAGCUUGGUUUCCUGAAGUACUUGAAGGCUUCAAAGGUGGCGCUUAACGAGUACGAAUUCCCGGUGUCAAAGAUCGCCAAUGUUGAAUCUCAACUCAUGAAGCUCGUGGAGAAGACGUACUAUUUGCACAAGUCCGCCAAGGAUGCCUACCGCGGAUAUCUGCUGGCGUACGCUUCGCAUUCUUUGAAGGGCAUUUUCGAUGUUGGUCGUCUCGACUUGCAGGGGGUGGCCAAGUCAUUCGGACUGCAGGUUCCGCCCAAGGUGACGCUUCCUGUGAAGACGAAUGGCAAGACUGGCAAACGCAAGGGCACGUCCUUCGACAACGAUGGCAGUUCGCGUGGUGGCAAGUUCCAGCGCUCCGGUCACGCAUUUAGUGCUGAUAACCCCUACGGUAAGCGUGCUGCGGGCGACAAGCGCCAGUUUGCUCACUGAUAAGGUUUGCUGGUUGCUACUAUGUAAACAAUGGCUUUGCCACUUCACGUCCCUUUUUGCAAUAUAGACCGAGCUACUUACUUCUGUU